UACUCUCACAAAAGUAAGUUGGCUGAUAAUGACACCGAUGUAAAGAAGAAAAGUUCUUAUGAACACGAUUCAAGGGAAUAACAGACUUCAAAGUAGUUUCUUUACAGCAGAGGAUAUUGACAUGGGUGGUAAUGGGAACACGAUUCAAGAGAAUGAAAGACUUGAAUAUAGUUUCAUUACAGAAGAGGACAUUGAUAUGGAUGAUAAAGGAGAAACAUGGAAAAGAAUAUGUCAAACCCUCAAUAUGCAGAAUCUGAUGAUGAAAAAACAUGUUCUUGAAUUCCGGAAAAAAUGGGGAACAUCUUUGAGUAACAAAAUCAGAAGAACCAAACGAACUAGUGAGAUCUUGUCUUCGGAUAGACUGCAACUGUCGACAGAGUCGGUUCUGUCGUCCACAGACCAAUCAGAUGACGUUCAAGAAAAAAAGUCAGACGAGCCAGAAUCCACUACGUCGUUCUUUAGUUCUUCUACAUCACCUUCAUCAGAGUCGGGAAUAGAAGACGAUCAUUUGGAACCAAACAAAAUGAUAUCUAUAAAGGAGAAGCUGAAAUUGAAAACACACGCUGCAAAAGGAGAAUCUGCCACCAAUUUGUCAAAUAAAUCAAAUCCGAAAGAUACAACUGUUUCAAUGUCGACUUCUCGCCUAACACUGCGUUUGAAGAAUAGACUACAUGACAGUCUACCUCAGGCCAAUUUGACCAAAACCGUAAACGGUUUACAUAAUCGUAUGCAUUUUUAUGUCGGCUUUGAUGAUACGUUGUCUAGCAACUCUGAAGUUGGAUAUGAAGUAUUACCCAAGCACCGUGAGAGAACAUCUUUUAAUAAAGUACCAAUGGCAUCGUCUUCACCAGCAAACAGUCUUAGUGAUGGAUCGGAUGAAGUUUUGUCUGUUAAAUCAUCAUCUAGUUUUCUAGAACACAGUACACUGCCAUCAUCCAUCAGUUUCUCUGACGACACUAGUGAUAUUUCUAAUGAAGUUCUUAAGAGGGAACGCGAAACGUUACUAAUGGAAAUUGCUCAACCAAGGGAAGAGGAGGGAUUAUAUUUAACAUUACUGAAGGCACAGCUAGGUAGAGGUAAAUUGGCUGAGCAAAGGGAGCUCCUUGCGAUGCAGCUCCGUGAACUUGAAAUGCAAAUUCAGACGAUGAAAUAUGACUACACCCCGUCGACCCGAGGUAACUGUGGCUGCUCUUACGGUCGAACAGUGCCGUGAGGAAAGACUUUUUCUGUAGUCUGCCUUUACAUAGUUUGGCUUGAAUAGGCUUCAUAAUGUAAAUAUUAUAUGGAACGUAAUAUUACUUACUCCUUUGUCCAUGUGUGUAAAUAUACAACUUAAAUUGUGUUUGAUUCCACGGAUGUCUAGGGACUAACGGGGAGUAUUUGCUAUGCAUGGAUACAAAUUGGAUGUUGUCUUGCUAUUAUAAAUGAUAAAUGAUUUUGCUAUUUUUGAUGAAUAUAAAUUGAAUAUAAUUUUGCUGUUAUAGUUGAUAAAUAUAAAUUAUAUGAAGUUUUACUAUUAUAGACCAAUAUUAAUUAUUGUAGUUUUGCUAAUAUAGAUGGAUAUAAUUAAAUUAAAUGUAGUUUUGCUAUUACCGUUGCAUAUAAAAUAGACGAAGUUUUGCUAUUGCGGAUAAUUAUAAAAUAAUUGAAAUUUUGCUAUUGCGGAUAAUUAUAAAAUAAUUGAAAUUUUGCUAUUAUGAUUAUAAAUUAAAUGAAGUGUUGCUAUUAAAUAUGGAUAUAAAUUAAAUGUAGUUUUGCUAAUAUAGAUGAAUGUAAAUUAAAUGAAGUUUUUCUAGAUGAUUAUUAUAAAUUAACCGAAAUUGUGCUAUUAUAGAUGCUAAAUAUAAAUUAAAUGUAGUUUUUCUAUUAAAUAUGACUAUAAAUUAAAUGAAUUUUGGCUAUUAUAGUUGAUUAAUAUUGGAUAUAAAUUAUAUGUAGUUUUGUUAUUAAAUAUGGAUAUAAUUUUAUAGUUGAUAUAAAUUAAAUGAAGUUUUGCUGUUCUAGAUGAUAAAUAUAAAUUACAUGAACUUUUUCCAUUACAGAUGGGUAUAAAUUAAAUAAGUUUUGCUAUUACAGAUGAAUAUAAAUUAAAUGAAGUUUUGCUAUUAUAGAUGAUGCAUAUGAAUUGAAGUUUUGCUAUGGGGUAUAAAUGUAAAUGGUGUUGAGUAAUUUCAGCGCAUAGUGUAAAUAUAUUAUUACACUCCAUGUUCUUAUUAACGCUCGAAAAUAUAUCAUUGUCAUUUAAGUAUUUAUUUAAUGAUUUAAAUUUUAAAAAAAGAUGAAAAAAAUACACUUUAGUUAAAUGUUCAUUGUUCUGCAUAAUAAAUAUUUUCUAAUCAA